UUGUUUUCUAAAGCGCAUGAUUGACGACCGUAGAUCAAAAUAGAAGUAAUUGCAAAGCUAAAUUUUGCAACGGGUGUUAAAAAAAAAGCAAGAAAAAAUUAAAAAAAAAAAUACUUUUUAUAUAAAAUCAAUACAGGAUUAAAUAGUUACACUCAAAAUAAAGAAAAUAAAUAGAAAAUUUCGAUAAAGUUGUUUAACAGGAUGUAAAAAGCUUUAUAUUUGAAUAUUAAAAUGUUGCUGCUGGUGUAGCUUUUCUUCGCCUCUUACAAAAGCGGAAAUGUGUAAUUUUUCAUUUACAACUUGAAUUUUAUGUUUAUUAAAUAUAUUUUUUUUUUCAAAAAAUUAAACACUGUGAUUAAUUAAGAUAAUAAAUUAAUAAGUAAAAAAAGUAAUAAUAAAAUAAUUUGAAAAAAAUCAUUAAAAUAUUUAUUACAUAAUGGUGAAUUUUAAAAAUUAUACGCGUUUAAUAUUAUAUUUGCUUAUAUUUGUAUGUGAUUUAACGGUCAUUUUAACGUUUUCUUUAGAGAAUCAUUCGUUAAAUGUUUAUAGUAAUGAAACGCUUACAUUAAAUCAUACUAAACAACAUUAUGAUCGUAAAACGGAAAAUAUUGAUAAUAAACCUAAUGAUGAUGAUGAUGUUAAUGAUAAUAAAGAUGCUAAAACCUUUAAAAACGCCACGGAUUUGGCUAUGGUGGCCACCGAAUUUAAACGUUCUCAGCAACAUUUACCGGUGGUUAUAAAACCUCGUGGAUUUCAUUUGCCUAAGAACAGACCAGAUCAACAAAAACAAACUGAAGCUCAACAGCCUGCCGCCCAAAACUACUACAGCCAUUACUUUUCCGAUUUGCCUCCCUUAGAGCAUUCGCAACCCUAUUUCCCACUAACUGAAGAUCCCAUUAUUGCCAAAUUUCUCUCGCAACAAAAUAAACAAUUGCAGCAACAGCCUAGACAUCAAUCGUUUGCACCAUACGAUGCGAGUAUAUUAGGCUCCGGCGAUUUUGGCAUACUACGAGGAGGCACUUUCUAUUCCGCUGAAGAACAGUCCUACAGCAAUGAAGAAGCCAGUGAUUUCUAUUAUGGUGAUGCUAGCAAUACUCAUACGGUUUCCUCUACCGAGGGUUUUAUACAAAAAUACACUUAUCCCGAAGAGCAGUUUGCUCAAUUUCGUGAUUUUGCUGAUUUGGGAACACCCUCCGAUUCGGCUUUUUCUCAAUAUGUGGUAGUAUAUGCUGCUAAAAAUGCCACUGCACCAGUAGCAGAAAGAAGAAAUUCUAAGCCCAAAAAUAUUUUCGAACAAUUGCAAGAGAUUGAUAAGGAAAAAGCUUUGGAAGAGAAGAAAUUAAGGAAAAAUCAAACGAAUCCGAGCAUUACCAAAUUGAAAUUGGUGAGAACAAAAUUGUAUGAAAAGAAAUGGGUACAAAAGCAGCCGGUUAAAGUUCCAGAUGAUGAUCCUUUAAUAGCUUUAAGUUAAUUUUUGACAAUAUAUUUUUUUGUAUUUCGAUGUUAAUUGGAAUAUUAAAAUUGGCUGUUGGAGUUUGAAAGAAAAUAAAAGCGUGUAAUUUAUUUU